CGCCAGGCGGCGCCGCAGUGCGGGCGGCGGGAGGAAGCGCGGGAGCGGCGCGUGCCAUGGCGCUGCCCGGCGAGCUGUGGGCAGAGCUGCCGGCCGAGAAACGCAUCUUCUGCUCCGUGCUGCUCUUCUCCUGGGCCGUCUACCUCUGGGAGGCCUUCUUGGCGCACCGGCAGAGACGGGUGUAUAGAACAACAACACACGUACCACAGGAAUUAGGACAGAUUAUGGAUUCAGAAACAUUUGAAAAAUCUCGUCUGUAUCAGCUGGACAAAAGUACUUUCAGCUUUUGGUCAGGCCUGUAUUCAGAGGUUGAGGGCACUAUGAUUCUGCUCUGUGGAGGAAUUCCUUUUCUUUGGAAUCUGUCUGGUCAGAUCUCUGGUCGUGCUGGGUUUGGACCAGAAUAUGAGAUUGUUCAGUCAUUGGUAUUUCUGCUGCUUGCAACACUCUUCAGUGCAGUGACUGGUCUCCCAUGGAGUUUAUAUAACACUUUUGUCAUAGAAGAGAAACAUGGCUUCAAUCAACAGACACUGGGAUUUUUCUUUAAGGAUGCUAUCAAGAAGUUUAUCGUGACUCAGUGUAUUCUGUUACCAGUGACAUCCCUUCUGCUUUACAUUAUUAAAAUAGGGGGAGACUACUUCUUCAUCUAUGCCUGGCUCUUCACAUUAGUUGUUUCCUUGGUGCUUGUUACAAUCUAUGCAGAUUAUAUUGCACCUUUGUUUGAUAAAUUCAUUCCACUUCCUGAGGGAGAGCUCAAGCAACAAAUUGAAACAAUGGCAAAGAGCAUUGACUUCCCACUGACUAAGGUGUAUGUAGUUGAAGGUUCUAAGCGUUCUUCUCAUAGCAAUGCUUAUUUCUAUGGAUUCUUCAAGAAUAAGCGGAUAGUACUCUUUGACACCCUCCUGGAAGAUUAUUCUGCAUUGAACAAAGAGCCAGCAGGAGAAGAUGGUGAGAAUGAAGAGACAAAGUCUAAAACCAAAAAUAAGAAACAAGGAUGUAAAAAUGAAGAAGUUCUGGCUGUACUUGGUCAUGAGUUGGGUCACUGGAAACUAGGUCACACUGUCAAAAAUAUUAUCAUCAGCCAGAUGAAUUCCUUCCUCUGCUUCUUCCUGUUUGCUGUGUUAAUUGGUCGAAAAGAACUCUUUGCUGCAUUUGGUUUCUAUGACACCCAGCCUACCCUGAUAGGCUUGAUGAUUAUUUUCCAGUUCAUUUUUUCACCUUACAAUGAGGUUCUCUCAUUUUGCUUGACUGUAUUAAGCCGACGAUUUGAGUUUCAAGCAGAUGCAUUUGCCAAGGAGCUUGGGAAGGCUAAAGACCUAUAUUCUGCUUUGAUCAAGCUAAACAAAGAUAAUUUAGGAUUCCCUGUUUCUGACUGGAUCUUUUCAAUGUGGCAUUACUCCCAUCCGCCCCUUUUAGAAAGACUUCAGGCCUUGAAAGAUGCAAAGCAAGAGUGACAGGAAUCAUUGUUGGUUCAGAGACAGUGCUUCCAUCUCAGAAGCAAAGAUCAGAGCUGCUUUUUAAUUUCUUUUUAAAAAUGGAUAAUGCCAAUUAAGUGCAACGUUAACAGCACCACGGAUCUCAGAAUCCUGAAACAGGUAUUAAAUUAUAAAUUACUUUUUUUAACAAAAACAAAACUGUGGAACUUAAUUUAGAAAAAGUACUGGUGAAGACCUUCCCCCCACACACACUGGCUUUUAUCUCCAUAUCAUAGUAUAGACUUGUAAAGGGAGGAAAACAAAAGUAUAGACUUCAAAGCACCUAUUUGUUCAGUUCGUGAAUGCCUUGAACAUUGCUUUUGAUCCUUUUCCCAUUCUCAGCAUUCUGUGAACCUUCCCUGUCUCAACCCUCUUCACAAUGAAGAGGGUUUGAGUGACUUGAUUUCCUGUAUAAUAAUACUUGUACUCGCCAGUCACUAUUUUGUGUUUUAAAAAGCUGAAUACAAGUACAGGCCUUUCUCCUGGAUUCAUGUCUGUCAUAAUUGAAAAUGCUACUUAAUAAAACCUCCUUUCUCUGAA